AUGCAUCCUUCAUCAUCAGAAUAUGCCGCAAAUUUCCGUUCACCUAACUUUAAUCGAAUAUCAAUUGCUAAAAUUAUUGCUGUUAGAAUAAUUCUUGAACUAGGAUAUAAUGUCCUUUUUUCUGAUGCAGAUAUUGCAUGGAUGCAAAAUCCUGUGCUUUUUCUUCCAACUGAUGUCGAUCUUGCAAUACAAUCAAAUACGGAAACACACUUAUUUCCAUUAGGUCAUGAGGCAAAUACCGGAUUUUAUUUUCUAAAAUCCAAUAAUCGCUCGAUGGCUCUUCUUGAUGAAACCAUUGAACGAUCAAAGAAAAAUACGAAUAUAGAUGAUCAAACACAUUUUGCAGAUGCUCUUCGAGAUUGGCGCAAAGCUAACAAAGCAGUCUUUAUUAUGGAGGGAGAGACUGUUCCUUGUGUUUAUAAUGGCUCUCAACCCUUCACAUUUAGACUUUUGCAUCCAUACCAAUUUCAAAAUGGAAAAGCUGCAAUGGCUUUCUUCGCUAAUAAACUUCAGCCGCCAAAUGAUGGUAAACAACGAGAUGUCGUUCUGGUACAUGCAAACUAUAUGAGCGGACAUAACGCUAAAGUCAACUUUCUCAAGUCCCAUAAGCUUUGGAAUAUAAAUGAUACUACGUUUCAAAGGUAUGUUGAUGAAUGGAACUUAAAGAAAGAGAAAUACACAGGAGAGCAAAAUCAACCUCGAUACAUUGAUUACAAGUCAGCGUUAAAAGAAUUGGCAUAUGUAUGUGUUGCUUAA